CAUCCUCUGGUGUUGAGUAAAGAAGAAGGGGCCUUUCCUGCUCAAGUGAACACAUCGGAGGAUAAGUUGAAGACAUCAACGCUAAAUGUGGCUAGUCCAAAAGAAGACGACCCUUAAUUAUUAAAAAAUAUCGUUACCUGCCGGGUCCGUGCGACUUCAUGCUCUGUUACAGCGGAGACGUUUGAGUCGGUCGGCGUGUGUGCUGCGCCAGGUGUCGGGCCACAGAGUGUGGGAAAAUGCCAUCUUUUUCAUGGAGGGUUUGGCCCGCACUUGUGUCGCUUCUCCUCCCUUCCACUGUGGCUGCAGAAGAGUCAUCACUACUGGAAGGCUGGCACGAUGUCUGGCUCUUCCGCUUCCUCGUCAACAUGCUGGGAUACUCCACCAUCAUCAUCCCUGGCUACCUCCUCAUUAGCUACUUCAAGCGCACCAAUUACUUGGAAACAGGUAGUGGGAUCUGCUACCCUGUCAUAAGAACCUGCGUGUUUGGCAAUGAGGCCAAAACAGGUCUUUUGGAUGACGUGUCAGCUGCACCCAGGAACGAGGGAGAUUCAGGCUCAUCAGUCAGACAGGCCAUCAAGUUAAUCUUUUGUGCUGCUGGACUUCAGGCAUCGUACCUGACAUGGGGUGUCCUGCAGGAGAGGGUGAUGACUCGUUCCUAUGGGGCCACGACUCCAGAGGACCAGGGAGAGAAAUUCAAGGACUCCCAGUUCUUGGUCUUCAUGAACCGUAUCCUGGCUCUGACCGUGUCGGGCCUCUGGUGCAUCCUGUUUAAGCAACCUCGCCACGGAGCACCGAUGUACAAGUACUCCUUUGCCUCACUCUCCAACAUCCUGAGCAGCUGGUGCCAGUACGAGGCCCUCAAAUACAUCAGCUUCCCCACGCAAGUUUUGGCCAAGGCCUCUAAAGUCAUUCCUGUCAUGCUUAUGGGCAAGAUCGUCUCCCGAAAGAGCUAUGAAUAUUGGGAGUACUUCACCGCCGUGCUGAUCUCAGUGGGUGUCAGCAUGUUCCUGCUGUCCAGCACAACCAGCAAGCACCCAUCCACCGUCACCACCUUCAGCGGGAUCGUCAUCCUGGUCGGCUACAUCGUCUUCGACAGCUUCACCUCCAACUGGCAGGACAACCUGUUCAAGUACAAGAUGUCAUCAGUGCAGAUGAUGUUUGGAGUCAACCUGUUCUCCUGCCUCUUCACCGUCGGCUCACUGCUGGAGCAGGGCGCCUUCUUCGACUCACUGGCCUUCAUGACGCGUCACUCUGAGUUUGCCUUUCAUGCCGUGUUGCUGUCCGUGUGCUCAGCAUGUGGCCAGCUCUUCAUCUUCUACACCAUCAACCAGUUCGGUGCUGCCGUCUUCACCAUCAUCAUGACCCUGAGGCAGGCCAUCGCAAUUCUCCUCUCCUGUUUCCUUUACGGCCACGCUGUCACCAUUGUAGGUGGAUUUGGUGUUGCCGUCGUUUUCCUGGCACUUUUCCUGCGGGUGUAUGCACGUAGCCGCAUGAAGUCAGGCCGACGGUCAGCGCAGCCAAUUGCACAGAAGGUGUAGCACUCCAAAGUCACACUAAACUGGGAACUGAGACCACGUUUUCUGUGGUGCUUUUUGUCUAUUUGUGUCUAUCUGUUAGGUCUGUUUUUGUUUUUUUUACUGUUCUGUUCUUUCCCAUUGGUUUUUAUUUUUGUUAGCAAUGGUACAGAAAGGGAUUCUGCAGUUUUGACUCUUACACCAAGAUGCCCCCAAGGGGUCCAUGUGAUUUGAGUGCCUGUAAGAUUGUCUAAUACACAAGUCCCAAACUGCAAUCUGCAAACUGCCUCUUCAGCUAUUUCACAGUUUAAUGGUAGAAUAGUUUUUCUUAGACCACAAUAUGUGGUUUGUGCAGCCAGUGGAGGGUUCCCAUGAUCCAGGGAAAGGCUUGUUAGCUGUAUGGUGAAGCAUUAAAAUUUUGACAUGAAUUUUAUGACAACGCCCCUUCUAAACUUUAUCUUAAACAUUGCAACCAAACACUCUGCUUUCAUAAAGACAAUGCUUUCUGUCCAUUAGGUUAUCUUUCAGUCACAAUAGCCAGACACUGAUCUCACAGUCCUCCAUGUUGGAGAGCAGGGGCCUUUAUGUGUCUUCAUGUUGGAUUUUAUCUUGUAAAGUGGUAAACAUUGCCUGAAUACACGGUGCAUACAUUACUGUUUAAUUUAAGGUAUAUUAACAUGUUCCAGAGGCUGCCAUCUGUAAUAGAGAGUGAUAAACAACAGUUUGUGUAAUAAGAGUGAGCUACUUACAAAUUGUAUAGUUUUGCUCUGACAUCACUGAAUCAGAUGCUGCUGUUGGUACUUUUUGCUCUGCAUUAUUUUAAGAUAAUUCUUUUGUUGUCUUCACAACACAGAUUCUACUCAAUGUUUUUAAAAAUGGGCAAAAAAAUCAUGUAAAUAUAUCUGAAAGUCAUUGUUUAUUUCCAACCAACUUGUCUGUUGUGUACUUUUGUAAAAGGACUGCUUCACGUGUUUCACCGUUCCAUGUGAAUGUCUGGAGGAAUACUGAAUGGAUGUUGAUGAUGCUCAUUGCUGUCACAAGGAUGUGAAGAUAAAAUGCAUAAGAGAAUGCAUACAAGGGAAAUGCAAUGUUACUGGUACCUUGUUUUUAUCAUUCUACUAUUUCUGGAUUAUUAAUAAAACAUAUUAAAUUAACUUAAA